GAGGCGUCUUCAUUCAUGAGCAAACUGAGAAGUGGAUCCUGCGCUGCCGUUUGAUUUCACUGACACACUCACUAUUACUUUGGACAAUGCUGCGUGUCAGGUGUCUGAGAGGAGGUAGCAGGGGGGCCGAGGCUGCCCAUCUGAUCGGAGCCAUGCUUGGCCGGUCUGUGACUGGAUGGGUGCAGAAGGCCUUCCAGAGCGCUUCCAGUGCAGCAGCUGCACAGCCGCACCAUGCUGAACAUGUUACUGAGCCUGUGGAGCAGGAAUGUCCUGUCUGCAGCCACAAUGAAUGGGACCCUCUUGAGGAGGUGAUCGUGGGACGCGCUGAAAAUGCCCAUGUCCCUCCCUUCACCGUGGAAGUGAAAGCUAACACAUAUGAGAAGUAUUGGCCCUUCUACCAGAAGUAUGGGGGCCAGUCUUUUCCUGCGGACCAUUUGAAAAAAGCUGUUGUUGAGAUUGAGGAAAUGUGCAAUAUUCUGCGUCAAGAGGGCGUCAAUGUAAGGAGGCCAGAACCCAUCGACUGGUCCCUGGAAUACAAAACUCCAGACUUCACAUCACCAGGCAUGUAUGCUGCCAUGCCCAGAGACAUCCUUUUGGUUGUGGGGAAUGAGAUUAUUGAGGCUCCUAUGGCCUGGAGGGCUCGCUUCUUUGAGUACAGAGCCUACAGACCUUUGAUCAAGGAAUACUUCAGAAACGGUGCUAAGUGGACCACUGCUCCUAAACCCACAAUGUCUGAUGAGCUAUAUGAUCAGGACUAUCCCAUCCGCACAGUGGAGGACAGACACAAGCUGGCUGCCGAGGGGAAGUUUGUGACCACAGAGUAUGAGCCCUGCUUCGAUGCUGCCGACUUCAUCCGAGCUGGGAGGGACCUUUUUGUCCAGAGGAGUCAGGUUACAAAUUACAUGGGUAUUGAGUGGAUGCGCCGCCAUCUUGCUCCAGACUACAAUAUCCACACAAUCUCAUUCAAGGACCCUAACCCCAUGCACAUUGAUGCCACUUUUAACAUCAUCGGGCCAGGACUGGUGCUUUCAAACCCCGAUCGUCCAUGUCGCCAGAUUGACAUGUUCCAGAAGGCUGGUUGGACUAUUGUGAAACCUCCAACACCUCUGAUUCCUGAUGACCACCCACUGUGGAUGUCCUCCAAGUGGCUGUCCAUGAACGUCCUGAUGUUGGACGAGAAGCGUGUUAUGGUUGACGCCAAUGAAGGCACCAUUCAAAAGAUGUUUGAGGGCCUUGGUAUCGAGUCCAUAAAGGUGAAUAUUCGCCAUGCCAACUCCCUGGGUGGUGGCUUCCACUGCUGGACAACCGAUGUCCGCCGCCGUGGUACCCUGCAGUCCUACUUCGACUAGCCUUGCCAGAAAUAGGCAGUUUUUAUUGAGCUUUGAAGAUUAAAGCUUCAGUAUGGAAUCUUAAUUCCACUUUAAUUAUUUAGUCUUUAUUGUCAGCCAACCGUGUAUGUACACACACAUCUGCAGUUGGCAAAUUUCUUUAAAAAGUAUUUAAAGUGUAUCACCUGCUGCAACUCAAAAUCAAAGCAGUGAACAGUAUAUUAUGCAAACCUGUAUGAAACAAACUAAUAAUAGGGCAAUCUUAUGACAGGCGACACCAAAGUCCUUUUCUGGAAUGGAUCUUUAUGUCCCAAACAUGUAUGAAUUGUUUUGAUUUGACAUUGCUGUGCCUUUGCAAACAGCUUUAUCCAGAUAUAUAUACAUAUAUGCUCAAACGCAACAAAUGAACAUGACUUUACUUCAACCAGUCAUCUCAAUAUUAACUGCAUUUCUGGCCUGGCUAUUGUGAAGCUGAAUUGAUUAUGGCUCGUACAUAUAAACGUCAUAACUUUGAGGACAAGGUACAAUUUGCUAUGUGAAAGUCAUCAAACAAGGAGGAGAGAAGCUACCUCCUCUUGGAAACGUCAGAUACCAUCAUUUUUUCUUUUUCCAAAGUAUUUUUUUAUUUUAAGUAAUGUAUAAAAGUUGUUAAGCAGGUAAUUAAACAAUAUACAUUUCUUAUCGCAAGUAUAUUAUUUUGUAAAGAUUUUAAUUAAUUGAACAGACAAAGUUCUAUUUAUAUUUUUCAUACUCUUUAUUGGUUUUCCCAACAAUUAGUGUUUUUGUAUAUUUACUUAAAAAGUAUGAGGUCCAUAUCAGAUAUUGUAUACCUUUUGUCUUUUCUGCUCUUUGCAAAUCUGGGCCAGUUAUAUGCUACUAGUCAUUCUCUCUGAACUGAUUGGCUGCUUUUGUGUGCAAAGCAAAAAUGCCUAAAGAAUGAAAGAUGUUUUGUCGUGAAGAUGUUUUAUGAUUCCUUUGCUGCAUAUACAGUUGGAUAUAGGAUGUUUAACUCUUCAAGCCUGCCUUGAUAUUUAUUUUGAAACAAUGAAUUCAAGGGAAGUAAUGGCUCAACAGAGGAAUGCAAGUGAUGUUUUGUAUUAUGCAAUGUUAUUAAAUGUAAUUAUAAAUUA